CUCCGCAUCCUCUGGCCCAGGGACAUCCUGGUCACCAGCCUGGACGCCGCCACCACCUUCGAGGAGCUGUGCGCGGAAGUGAGGGAGAUGUGCAGCCUCCCCCAGGCCCAGCCGCUCACCCUCAAGUGGGUGGACAGCGAAGGUGACCCCUGCACUGUGUCCUCCCAGAUGGAGCUGGAGGAGGCCUUCCGCCUGUCCUGUCAGCGCAGGAGCGACGGGCUCAUCAUUCACGUGUUCCCGAGCACCCCCGAGCAGCCUGGCAUGCCGUGCCCUGGAGAGGACAAAUCCAUCUACCGCCGCGGAGCCCGAAGAUGGAGGAAGCUGUACCGCGCCAACGGCCACCUCUUCCAAGCCAAGCGCUUUAACAGGAGAGCGUACUGCGGCCAGUGCAGCGAGAGGAUAUGGGGCCUCGCCAGGCAGGGCUACCGGUGCGUCAACUGCAAACUGCUGGUCCAUAAGCGCUGCCACGUGCUCGUCCCGCUGACCUGCCAGAGGCAUAUGGAUCCCGUCAUGCCGUCCCAGGAGCCUCCGGUAGAUGACAAGGACGACGACGUGGACCUGGCUCCCGAGGAGACCGAUGGCAUUCCUUACAUCUCCUCCUCCCGGAAACACGACAGCAUUAAAGAUGACUCGGAGGACCUCAAGCCGGUCAUCGACGGGAUGGACGGCAUCAAGAUUUCUCAGGGGCUGGGGCUGCAGGACUUCGACCUCAUCAGGGUCAUCGGGCGCGGGAGCUACGCCAAGGUCCUCCUGGUGAGGCUCAAGAAGAACGACCAGAUCUACGCCAUGAAGGUGGUGAAGAAGGAGCUGGUGCACGACGACGAGGACAUCGACUGGGUGCAGACGGAGAAGCACGUGUUCGAGCAGGCGUCCAGCAACCCCUUCCUGGUCGGCCUGCACUCCUGCUUCCAGACGACCAGCAGGCUGUUCCUGGUCAUCGAGUACGUCAACGGCGGGGACCUCAUGUUCCACAUGCAGCGGCAGCGGAAGCUCCCGGAGGAGCACGCCAGGUUCUACGCCGCGGAGAUCUGCGUCGCCCUCAACUUCCUGCACGAGCGGGGCAUCAUCUACCGGGACCUGAAGCUGGACAACGUCCUCCUGGACCCACCUCUGUCCCCACAGGAAGGCCUGGGCCCCGGGGACACCACCAGCACGUUCUGCGGGACCCCCAAUUACAUCGCCCCGGAAAUCCUGCGUGGAGAGGAGUACGGGUUCAGCGUGGACUGGUGGGCGCUGGGCGUCCUGAUGUUCGAGAUGAUGGCUGGGCGCUCCCCCUUCGACAUCAUCACCGACAACCCCGACAUGAACACGGAGGACUACCUGUUCCAAGUGAUCCUGGAGAAGCCCAUCCGCAUCCCCCGGUUCCUCUCGGUCAAGGCCUCCCACGUCCUGAAGGGGUUCUUGAACAAGGACCCCAAAGAGCGGCUCGGCUGCCGGCCACAGACCGGGUUUUCCGACAUCAAGUCUCACGCCUUCUUCCGCAGCAUCGACUGGGACCUGGUAAGGCCCACGGCAUGGGAUCCCCCCUUCUGCGGGCCUGAGGCGGGGCGGGCACUGCCCUGGGCGGGGCUGGGGUGACCUGGAGCCCACGUGACAGAACAGGGAGAGGGGGACCCAUAGGCCCCUGGGGGGUCUGGCCCAGCAUCGCCUGGCGAUGCCGCCCUGGGUCCGUGGGGUGUCCUGACCGGCGACCACCCCCAUUAUGGUUCUGUGCGGGGUCCCGGAGGAAAGUGCGUCCUCUGGUUCCGUGUGGGUUUGUUUUCGAAGCCUGGCGCCCACCCUCGGGAGGCAGCCCAGGGGUUCAAGCUGCCUGCGUUCAGCCGUGGUUCCUGGUAUUAAAGGAGAAAGGAGCAUGUAUGUGUUGGAACAUACACGCGAUUGCAGAGUUACUGAAGUAGGGCCUUUAAAAUGUGAUGUUUUGGAGGAAAACAGAUUAUAUUAAUGAAGUGAAUGUCGAACUUCAGCUUGAAUUGGGUCUGACAGAGCCCCACAGCCCUAGCCAGUUU